AUGGAGGCCAGCGCUGCCAAUGAGCACCCUCCAACCCACCUGCCACCCACACACUCCACCAAAGCUAGAAGCAAAGUCUAUCCUCCCUGCCCAGCAAGACUCAGCAUUCGGAGGAAGAGGAGUGAGGAGUUGCGCAAGGCCAUGGCGGCAUCUUCUCACAAUGCCAACCCCUCCACACUGAUGAGAGCUGAUAUGGCAGAUAGCUACACAGCAGAUAUGUUACUAGUGGGAGUAAUAGGGGCCAGAGAGGAGUUCACUCAGUUCCUCUCAGUUCGAGAAGGAACACUGCCACCUGUCUCAGCUGUGACAGUUUUAGGAAGAACACUCCAGUCCAUGCCUUGUGACUUUAGGAGUCGGAUUGUCACCAUGUCGAAGCCAUCGGUGUACGCAGGAAAGAAGCGGAGUCGACCGCAUCUCAAACUGAAAUCAGGCCCAGGAGAUGGAGGUGGUGAGGAGAUCAACUCCUCCAAGCGCCACCGUGACAAGCUCAACGUGGAGCUGGAGCAGCUAGCCGCCCUGCUGCCUCUGCCCCCCCAGCUGUCUUCACGUCUAGACAAGCUGUCCAUCAUGCGUCUGACCGUCAGCUACCUGCGGAUCAAGACCUACCUGGGUGCUGCACUCCCAUCCAGCCCGCAGGAGGAGACCCCACAGCACAGUGAGGUGCCAGAGGGAGAGCUCAUGCUUAAGGCACUCAAUGGCUUUGUCCUAAUAGUUAAAGAAGAUGGAACCGUUCUGUACGCUUCUCAAAACAUCCAUGAGUACCUGGGGUAUCAGCAGAGCGAUGUCAUCGACCAGAGUGUGUUCAACCUAGUCCACACCAAUGACCGAGCCCGGUUCAUUGAGGAGCUGUUGUCAGACAAAGAAGAUGGAAGAACAGACACAGGAUCCCCAUGUGACGACACCCCGAGUGAUGACACCCUAAGCGACUCAGCCCUGCCCUGCAGCACCCUUAGGUCCCAGAAUCGCAGCUUCAUCUGCAGGAUGCGCUGCCUCCUGGACUCUUCCUCCGGGUUUCUGCUGAUGCAGAUCCAGGGCAGAUUGAAAGCAGUGCCACAAAUAGGGGAGUCUGUGGAUCCCGCCCCUGCCGACCUCGCCCUCUUUGCCAUUGCUGUGCCCAUCCAGACCGCAUCAAUCAUGGAGAUUCGAACUCGCAGUCUUAUCUUCCGCACAAAGAGCAGGAUCGACUUCCACCCCAUCACUCUGGAUAAGAAAGGAAAGGCAGUUCUUGGGUGGAGUGAUGAAGAUUUUGAGAGUAAAACUGGUUACUACUACAUCCAUCAAGACGACCUGGUUUACUGUGCUGAGAACCACAUGAAAAUCCUUAAGAAUGGAGAACUGGGAGUGGCUGUGUUCCGACUGCUGACAAAGAAUAUCCGCUGGAUUUGGGUGAGUUCUACAGCCCGGAUCAUCUAUAAGGACAGCCAGCCAGAAUUCAUCAUCUCCACCAACAGGGUCCUCAGUGACGCAGAGGGCGAAGAGCACUUUCUAAAACGUGUUUCAGAGGCAAAGUUCUCACUGGACAGCCAAUCUGUCCUCUAUGGCAUUGCUGACCUUCUAGGGGCAGAGCGCCGAGCCUUUUACCAGAAAUUGGAGCAAGAACGUGCAGCCCGUGACUCACUGCCCCCCUCUCCUGCCAUCCAGGAGCUAUGCUACAGUGAGGAGGACAGGGGGUAUGAUUGCCACCCCUCGGCAUCGCCACAGCCCCACCCCUACCCUCUACCUUGGCCUCACUUCCCAUCUGACAUUAGCAUCUGGGAGCUGUUGUGGCGCUACGAGCUGUGCCAGGAUGACCUGGAGGUCAUCCAGCAGGACCAACAUAUCAACACUCUGUCUUCUGUAGAGCUCCCUGACCUUCUGACUCAUCCCCUGCACCUGAACUGUGAUACCCGCCCAGCCAGUGGCCAGAACCAAAGCCAGGCGUGUCACUCUAAUCCCAAAAUCUUCACUUCAUAACCUCAGUGUACUGGUGUUAUCACUUCCAUGUCCUCACAUGUCCUCUCCAGCCUGCUUAGACUCCACCCCACUGU